AUGGCCGACAAUCUGGACAGAGUGUGGUGGAAAGAUGGAGUGGUCUAUCAAAUCUACCCGGCGUCUUUCAAGGACUCAAAUGGAGACGGAUUAGGGGAUAUACCGGGCAUCAUCAGCAAGUUGGACUACAUCCAGAACCUGGGUGUUGAUAUCAUUUGGGUUUCCCCAAUGUUUGAGAGUCCACAGAUUGACAUGGGAUACGACGUCUCAAACUAUGAGGAGGUCUACCCCCCGUACGGCACAGUCAAAGACAUGGAGAAGCUCAUUGAAGCUUGCCACAAGAGAGGAAUGAGACUGGUCUUGGACCUCGUUGUCAAUCACACCUCUGAUCAGCAUGCCUGGUUCAAGGAGUCACGAUCCUCCAAGGACAACCCGAAGCGUGACUGGUACAUCUGGAAGCCUCCUCGUUACGCCGAAGAUGGAACACGCCUUCCACCGACGAACUGGCGGAGUUACUUCUCAGGCAGUGCGUGGGAGUAUGACGAACAUACAAACGAAUAUUAUCUUCAUCUGUUUGCCAAGGAGAUGCCGGACCUCAACUGGGAGAGUGAAGAGUGCCGCAAAGCCAUUUACGACAGCGCCAUGCGCUUCUGGUUGGAUAAGGGCGUGGAUGGCUUCCGAGUUGACUGUGUGAACAUGUACUCGAAGUCCACAGAAUUUCUCGAUGCUCCCAUCGUUGACUCACGCUUCUACGAGCAGCCGGCAUGGUGCUAUUAUGCCAACGGGCCACGCAUGCACGAGUUCCUGCGCGAGAUGAAUGAAAAGGUGCUCAACCGCUACGACGCUAUGACCGUCGGCGAGUUACCGCACACUCCCGACCCGAAGAGGGUGCUCGACUAUGUUGGGCGCAAAGAUAAGCAGCUCAGCAUGGUGUUCCAGUUCGACAUUGUAGACAUCGGCCAAGGUGGCACCCAUAAGUACCAUUUUGAGGAGUGGAAGCUACCUGUGCUGAAGAAGAUUGUCGAAAAGUGGCAACGCUUCAUCGAGGGCACUGAUGGAUGGACAACAUCCUUCUGCGAGAACCACGACCAAGGCCGUUCCAUUUCACGCUUCGCCUCCGACGCUCCCGAAUACCGCGUCCUCUCGGGCAAGAUGCUCUCGCUGAUGAUGUGCUCUUUGACGGGAACCCUCUUCAUCUACCAAGGCCAAGAGAUCGGCAUGAUCAACGUGCCCAAGGACUGGCCCAUCGACUACUACCAGGACAUCGAGUCGGUCAACUUUUACAAGCUAAUGGCCGCCAAGACCAACAACGACCCCGAGGAGAUGGCGUACGUAAUGCGCAGCCUCCAGACACUGAGCAGAGAUAACGCCCGGAUACCUAUGCAGUGGGAUGACAGUCCGUAUGCUGGGUUCACUGAAAGGAAGGAAGGUGCCUGGGCGCACGUCCACGACCUGUAUCCCGAGAUCAACGUGGCCAAGCAACUCGACGAUCCGAAUUCGACGCUCAGCUUUUGGAAAGACAUGAUCCGUUUCCGCAAGCAACAUAGCGAGGUGCUGGUGCAUGGAACGUUCGAGGCGUGUGAUAUCGAGAAUGAGAAGACGUUUGUGUUCGUCAAGAGAUUCGGAGGUAAAGGGGUUGUAGUUGCUCUGAACUUCAGCAAUGAGGAGCAGGAGGUGGUGUUGCCGGAGCAUGAAAAGGAGUUGAAGUUGAUGGUCGGAAACUAUGGAAACGAAGAAGGGGGGAAGGGCAAAAGGACAAGGUUGAGGCCAUGGGAGGGAAGAUUGUACAUGGCUGGAGGUGAUGCUUGA